GCGCACGGGAAGCCCCACCCCUUCAGCGCAACAGUUCCCUCCUCCUCCCCCUCAGUCUAGAGGAAGGAAGGAAGGCAGGAAGGCAGGAGGGCGGCCGGAGGGGUGCUGCUCCCUCCCUCCCUCUCUGCCAAGAUGGGGGCCAAGCAGACCAAGGCGGGCUGCGCCCUUCCCUCUGCGGAGGAGGGAGGCCAGGUGCCCCGCGUCCCCCGCCCUCGCCGCCGGCUCCUCUCCUCCUCGCCUUCCUGGCCCUGGCCUUGGUGGCCCCCGGGGGGAGAGCUGCUGGCCGCGCUGCACCCUCCUCCGGCUCCUCCGUCUCCGUCUCCGUCUCCUCCGUCUGGAUCGGUGUCUGCGCCCUACCUCCGCCGCGUGGGGCUGGUGCAGGAGCUGCUCCGGCUGGCCAAGCAGGGGCGCCGCCACGAGGCCACGCUGCUCCUCCGCAGCCUCCGCCAGGACCUGGGCCUGGAGUCGACCUCGCUGGACGACGUCCUCUACCGCUACGCCUCCUUCCGGAACCUGGUGGACCCCAUCAGCCACGACCUGAUCCUCGGCCUGGCCAGGUACAUCCACUGCCCCCGAGCGGAGGGGGACUCUCUGGGGGCCCUGGAGAAGCUCUGCCGCCAGCUGACCUACCACCUGAGCCCUCACUCCCAGUGGAGGCGCCAAGGCCUGGUCAAGAAGAAGCCCCACGCCUGCCUGAAAGCGGUCCUGGUGGGAAACCCGCUGGACAACACGGUGGACCUUUCGGGCAUCCCUCUGACCCCGAAGGAUCUGGAGCGGGUCGCCGCUUACCUCCGGAGCAGCUCUUCCUUGGUGGAGAACGUGGAGCUCUGCUUCACGGAGCUGACAGACGAGAUGUUCCUGCAGCUGCUGCCGGUGCUGAGCGCCUUGCCGCGCCUGGCCACGCUUUCCCUCAACGGCAACAGGCUCACUAAGGCCGUCCUCCGGGAUUUGACCGAGGCCCUGAAGGACCCCCGCAACUUCCCCAGCGUCACCUGGAUCGACCUGGGCAACAACGUGGACAUCUUCUCUCUGCCGCAGCCCUUCCUGGUCAGCCUCAAGAAGCGGUGCCCCACGCAGGGCAGCCUCCCCACCAUCCUGGAGUUCGGCGAGGGGCAGGCGAGCGACACGGAGGGGCAGGAGAGCCUGUCACCCUCCAGGGUCCGGGACACGCCGGCCGACGGACCAGAGAUGGUGGAGGUGAGGCUGUGGCCGGGCGCAUCUGAUACGGAAGCGGCAGUGGUGGCUGCUCCUGGAUUCGUUCAGACAUGACGGGGAGGCGGUUGCUCCAGAGGGAUCCUUCAGCUGCCACAGAGAGGCUUUUCUUCCUGGGUAACUGAGAGAAGGAUGGAGGGUGGGUAGAGGCACACUAGUUCUGACUUCUGAGAGGAUGGGGUGAAGGUGGCAAGCUGCAAAGCCAUUUGGGUGUCCAUGGAAAGGGCUGCUGAAUUGGCCUGCCAGCCGCGUGGCAUUUGCCCGCCAAUUCCAAGACCGUCUAACCAGCGUAAAGGAAGGAGAUCACUUGUGGCUUCCCUGGGUCCAGAGAAUGCAAGAGGCCAAGCGAAAGGGUGGCAGCCACUAUUGCACCAGAUGGGUAGCUUUCUUUCUCCUUAGCUUCAGGUGAAACCUAGCCGUCUAUCAAAAUGGCCGUUUCCUUUGGAGCCAAUUCUGCACCUCAUUACAGAGUAGCUACACGUGCUUUUGUGUCCUUACAUGAUUGGUUCGGGAAGAAGUUGCACGGAAGGAGUGCCAUGCUUGGUUAGAGGUGCAACGGCCGAGGGAAGAGAGAACGGCCCACCAAGUAGAGGCAUGUCUUGGAUUCCAAGCAUAGGGCUGGAUUAAAAGGAAUGGUGUUCCUCUGACACAGACCCCUCCGGAGAACUUGAGGAGGGGUCCCAGUUCUGCAGAAAGUGUCGGUGUGAGAGGUUUAUCCAGGGAACGCAGCUGCCUGAGUCCCUUUGGUUUCGGGGGGCGAGGCAGGGACUUUAAAGUGUGCUUGGCGCAUGCGGAAACCAGCAGGCAUUGAGCCCUGGGUGGCUGUUUCCCCGCGUUGUGUUGCGCCGCAGUUAACUUGUUGUAUGAAACAGGUGUAGUUUAUCACGCAGGCUCUGUGGCUCAGCUGCUGCUUCUGCUUGUGACGCAUUUCCCAUCACUGUGGCGGGAGACGAGGGAAGGCAGGCGGGGUGUGAAACCGGCAGCGCAGCCCCAUCUCUCUCUCCCUCUCCGAUGUCCUUAGGGAGGGAGCCACUGCCACUUGACCCAUGAUGGUGCCCAGGGCUUUCAAAACGAACCCCCCCCACCCCACAAAAACACCUCCCCAGGGGAUGAAAGGCACAGGGCAGCAGCCUCCCUCUGACCCCUAAGUGUUGUUUAGGGAGGGCUCCUUGGUAGAGAAUGACUGCUGCGGGAGGGAAUGGGGUCCUUCCACUCCGAAGCAUAGGCUGCCAUGCUGGGCCCUCGGUCUGCUCCCUGCCUGGCAGAUUGGAACCAUGCGCCCAGGAGGCAAUACCACCUGCCCUGCUUCAAGAUUUGCCAUAGUUUGCAUGUAACUGACAUGGGUUUUUUUUAUCGGUUGGGC